AUGGCUAAAACAGGGGAAACAAAUUUCGAAAAUCUAGCUCUUGUGGGCGGUUUCACUCUGUUAGCUAUCGUAGCUGGUAUCGCCUAUUUUAUGUCAAAAAAAAAGCGACAACAAGCUACUGACAAUGGGCACAGUAAAUUAAUUACAUUGAAAAGUCCCGAUAUCAAAUAUAAUUUUGUAUUAGCUUAUAAAGAGAGUAUAUCUCAUGAUACGCGACUAUUUCGUUUUCAACUACCAUCAUCCAGUCAUGUUUUGGGUCUACCCGUCGGACAACAUAUUUAUUUAACAACACAUAUCAAUGGUGAUCUCGUUAAAAGACCGUAUACGCCCACAACAUCAGAUGAUCAACAGGGCCAUUUUGAUUUAGUUAUCAAAGUCUAUCCACAAGGUAAAAUGACUCAAUAUUUGGAUAAAUUACACAUUAAUGAUUCAAUCGAAGUAAAUGGUCCUUCGGGGAAUUUAAUAUAUAAAAAUAAUGGUAUAUUUGAUAUACGAACACGCAAACCUGAACCAUAUAAAUCGAAAAAAAUUCGACAAUUAGGUAUGAUAGCAGGUGGUACAGGUAUUACGCCAAUGUAUCAAAUUCUAUGUCAUAUAUUAAAAGAAGAAGAAAAUAUUGAACAAGGUGGAAAAGUCGAUUUAAAAAUUUGGCUCUUAUUUGCAAAUCAGACAGAGCAAGAUAUUCUAUUACGAGAAGAACUCGAAUUAUUGACAAGUACAAAUUCUGAUCGUUUUAGACUAUGGUAUACAGUAGAUCGUCCACCAACAUCAGAUUGGAAAUAUAGUACAGGCUUUGUUUCGGAACAAAUGAUUCGAGAACAUAUGCCACCAUCAAGUGAAGAAACAUUGAUUUGUUGUUGUGGACCACCUCCUAUGAUUAAAGCACAACUCACAAAUUUAGAAAAACUUAAUUAUACAGAAUCGAUGCGCUUUACAUUUUAA